GUUCUUCUUCGUUUCUCUUCAAAGUUCUCUCGUGAAACGGUUCGAGUUUGACCGGCAACAAAAAACAUACUUGAACAAGUUAAGGACGACCACCCCCAGUGCGUGAAGUGUGCUUAUCCCAUCAAGAUCACACUGUUUUUGAAAAUGCUUCUCAAACUUGCUGGUCUGUUAUUAAUAGUUCAAAUAUCCGAAAGUUUAUUACUUCGAGUCAACGAAUUUGGUCUUCACGAAGCAGCUAAUUUUACCCGACAAUGGCUUUCAAUGGCUGGACCACAUAUGAAAAUGCCCGAAAUUCGACAAUCUUUCUACAAUUCUUUUGCCGGAGGCGAAAUGACAGUUACGAACAUUACAAUUAAACGAUUCGUACCUCCACUUAUUCGAUUCCGACCAUCCGAUCACUCUUUUCUCUACAUGUCUACUUUGAGUGGAUAUGCUCAAGUUUCUGCCGAGUGGGCAGUAGAAUCCCAGUUUUUGCAUAUGCUUAAAAUUCCUCUUGAGGGUCAAAUUCAUGCUCAGAUGACCGGUCUUAUUUCGGAGAUUGCAAUGCAGAUUACCCAAGACAACGAAGUGGAAGUACAUCACUGUGUCGCUCAAAUUAGGGAUCUGAGAGUGGCUUUUGAGGGAAGUGUGGCUGCUGAUGUCAUCCACUGGUUCCGACAAAGUAUAACACGAGCCAUCAGAAGAACCCUGGAAGAAGAAUAUUGUGACAUGAUGAGAAAUCAUUGGCUUCCAUGGGUCGAAGCUCAACUUUAUCAAUUCCCAACCAACCUCACCAUCAGCCAUAAUCCAGAUGUCACACUAAUUCAGACGAUGCAGUCAAUUGCUAUGACCCAACAUCACGUUGAUGUCAGAAUGAGAAGCGACUUAAUUUGGGACGAUGAAUUUGUUGAAAGUGGAAUGGUUGAGAAUUCAACUUUGGCUAGUGUUGAAGCUCUUCCAAGAUCCACAAGAAUGAUUGAUAUGUUUAUUGAUGAGCACACGGUUCAGAGCAUUAUUGCUGCAGCCCACUUUGCUGGACAUUUAAAAACUAAAAUUGAAUCACCUUUCUUGAAAACUAGCUGCGAUGUUCUCUGUAUUGGUACAGUUUUGCCAGAGCUUGCCGAGCAAGUUCCAAAUAGAACACUGUCAGUAGAAGCUGCGACAUUAUCACCGCCAGUCAUUGAUCUACAACAAGGUCGAGCAUUAGUGUAUCUCAACGCAUCUUUAAAUGUAUUUGCAGCUCCACCUCUCAAAACUGUUGAGGGUAGCAUGCUGACAAUUAAUGUGGAAACGGAAUUCACUCUUACAAUGGAAAUGAGAAAUAAACGAGUAAAAGGAUAUAUUAACAUGAUCAAUGCUCAAGCAAAUCUAGUUGACAGUAAAGUUGGAUUAAUGUCACAAAAGACCGUUGAUUUCCUUGUCAAUAUGUCAACCCCGUUCCUGGAAGAUGCUGUGGAUGUUCUGAUCGGAAGAGGUCUAAUUGUAGCCGAUCCCUUCCAAUUCCCAUCAACAAACGAACAUCUCAGCAUUCAUGAUAAAUGCCUUCGAUGGGAGGCUGAUAUAGUGAUGCCAACUGUGGUAGCUCAUACCAAUGUAUAUUAAUCGAUUUUCACAACAUUCACACAAAAAACAUCACAAAAUGGGUCUUUGAAAUCAAAACAUUUCUCGAAAGUUCUCAGUCUUUCAAAUAAUUAUUUUCUUUCAAAAUUUUAAAUUUAUCAAUUUUCUAUUCUAAAUGUUUUCGAAUCAAAAUAGCAGUGCAAAACUGAAGCGAACGAGGUUUCUAUACUACGUAUUUAUUUUUAAGUCUUUUUUUUCCAUUGAACAUUUCUUCUGAGUCUUGGUGUCUUGAGAUUCAUAUUGGUAGCAUCUAUGAUGUAACAUUUAUUAACUUAUCAUAAAUAAAAACAUUUGUUUUCCUG